AUGGGAGAUGCUGUUCAUUUGAGUCAUGAAGAAAGGAAACACUUGAUUCAAGCUGCCCGAGUUGCUCUGGAUGAGAUCGAUUUACAUGAUAUACCGAUUGUAGCAGGAACUGGAGCAUCGAGUACUCGCGAGUCGAUAAAGCUUUGUAUCGAUGCCUCGAAGGCCGGAGCGGACUAUGUCAUGGUAAUACCGCCUGGAUAUUACGCAGGUACAAUGCUUUCAAACAUUGGCUCGGUCAAGAGGUUUUUCAUGGAUAUCGCACAGGCAUCCCCUGUUCCAGUAAUCAUUUAUAACUUUCCGGCAGUCUCAGGAGGAAUUGACAUGGACAGCGAUUUGAUUGUUGACAUAAUUAGAUCAUCACCCAACAUCUGUGGAGUGAAGCUGACAUGCGGAAAUGUUGGAAAGUUGACAAGAAUCAUGGGUCAAGUAUCCACUGCAGACUUCCAGAAAAGAUAUCCACGUUCUUGCACCAGUCCAUUCCGGGCCAUCAAUGGGUUCAUCGACUUCCUUCUCCCUUCAAUUUCGGUGGGAUCUUCAGGUGCAAUUAGUGGAUUGCCAAAUAUCGCCCCUAAAUCGUGCGUGAGAUUGUGGGAUCUGAGCCAAAGCUCUACCACCGCCAAAGAAGCAGCCGAGCUUCAACAUAUGAUUGCUCUUGCCGAUGGAGUAGCCCUCAAAAUUGGUAUUGCGGGGAUGAAACUCCUGCUGCAUCGCAAAUAUGGCUACAGCGAGAAGCCACGUCUGCCAUUAUUACCUAUGGAAGAAACUGCAGCGGAUGUCCUAAACAGUCCAUUCCUGACUGAACUUUUGAUACUGGAAGGCAAACUAUAA